UCUCUCUCAUGCCAUUUUCUCUCCUCUCCCUGUCCUCCCUCUGGUACGAUACGUCAGAAACGGACGAUCGGAACCCCACGUGUGGCUCCCUCCGUUCCGACGCCAUCGGUCGCUCGAGACACCGUCGUCCCGUGACCGCGUGGGAUCAUGGAGGAUACCUCGUUCUUCGAUCUCGCCGAUUUCCUGAGGAAGCCGUCGGUGACCGAGACAUUCGUCGACAUCUUGCUGUGCGCGGUCCCGAUUUGGCUCGCCGUCAUGAUCGGCCUCCUCAUCGGCUGGUCCUGGCGCCCCCGCUGGACCGGCCUCCUCUACCUCGGCCUCCGCAGCAAGUUCCGGUUCCUCUGGACCGCCCCUCCUGGCUUCGGCGCCCGGCGGCUCUGGCUCGCGUUCACGGCCCUCUCCGCGUUCUCCGCCCUCCGCGCCAUUUGGUUCAACUUCAGGAACAAGGGGAAGUCCGCCGGGGAGGCCGCCUCGCCGGUGGGGUCCGAUCCCGUGGAGAGAAGCGGCGACCCCGUCAAUCUGGAAACUAGGCUUGCUGGAGGACAGUCAGACAUUGUGACGGAAAAUGACUUGGAGCAUCUGUUACAUCUUCUGGAAGGGAAGGAAGGAGAUAUGGAGUGGCAAAGUAUGAUGGAGCGCUCCACGCCUAACAUGGCAUACCAAGCUUGGCGGCAUGAACCCAAAACAGGCCCUAUUAUUUUUCGCAGCAGAACUGUAUUUGAGGAUGCAACUGCGGAAGUGGUUAGAGAUUUCUUUUGGGAUGAUGAGUUCCGGCCAAAAUGGGAUCCUAUGCUUUCGUACUUCAAAACCCUGGAGGAAUGCCCUCAUACAGGGACAAUGAUUCUUCACUGGAUAAAAAAGUUUCCUUUCUUCUGUAGUGAUCGUGAGUAUAUCAUUGGCCGACGCAUAUGGGAGGCUGGCAAGACGUAUUACUGUGUGACAAAGGGAGUGCCAUACCCAGGCCUGCCGAAACGUGACAAGCCAAGGCGUGUCGAGCUCUACUUUUCUAGUUGGGUUAUCAAGGCUGUGGAAUCUCGUAAAGGUGAUGGACAGUUCUCUGCAUGUGAGGUUACUCUCGUGCAUUACGAGGAUAUGGGGAUUCCCAAAGACGUGGCCAAGUUGGGAGUUCGGCAUGGGAUGUGGGGGACGGUGAAGAAACUACACUCUGGCAUGAGAGGAUACCAAAACGCAAGGAAGACAGAAGCUUCCUUGUCGAGGAGUGCAUUGAUGGCAAGAAUCACGACGAAGAUUUCUUUCGACGGGAACUCUGAUUCCACGGAACCAGUUUCUGGGGAAGAGGACAGAGACCAAAGCAUGGAAAUCAAGAGACACGAGGACAAUGGGCUUGAUUGGAAGUGGGUUGUCAUAGGAGGAACCGUGGCUCUUGCGUUUGGACUGCAUACCGGUGCCAUAGGGAAAGCAUUGUUACUUGGAGCGGGCAAUAGGAUUGCGCGGAGGUGAGAGGAGAUGGUGAAGAAAAUAUGCUUUACAUAUUUGUAUUUACAAUAGAUCCCUUUAUCUUGUCGUCCCUAACAACAUAUCAAUUUUUACCGACUUGGCUAGUGGGGUAGCUGGUAUUAUUCUAUCC